AUGGUGGCGAAAAUCGUGAAUGCUUGUUGUCUAAUUCAUAAUUUUAUACGAGGAGAGGUGGUUGCUGAUGUCUUUGAGAGGGUGUACCGCGAUGAAGAUCCACCUACUGAACUUGACCUUGAGGAUGAAGACCUAAUAAUGCAUAUUCAGCCAACACCGGAGUGGACUCAAUUUAGGCAGCAAUUGGCUCAAGAUAUGUGGGGCUACUAG